UAAAAGUGAAAUAGAUAAAUCAGAACCUAAUAUAAUAAAAGACAUGGUAAAAAACAUGGUGAAAGAUGUAAUAGAAAGCAUGGCAGAAGACAUGGUGGAAGAUAUGAUAGAAGGUAUAAUGGAGAAUGAAUUUAAAUCUGAUAUAAAUAAACAUGAAUCUUUUAUAACUGAGAUUGAAUAG